GGGGCGUCUGCCGGCCGCGGCAACUUUCCUCUGAUUCCGCAUAUGUUGGCUUUCCCUCAACUCCUUUUAACUCGACGUUCCUGUCACUAAACUUAAUUCAUUUGGCAAAUCCAAAGUGACAAGCUAUGACUACUUCAACGGAAGGCGCCGAACCUGCAGCCUUGCCAUCCCCGCCAUUUAUCACUGUAGCCGGGAUCCCCAAUUUUCGGGACUUGGGAGGCUAUCCUAUUGCCUCGCCAUCCAACCACUUGGUUCGCAGGGAAGUGAUUUACCGUUGUGGAGAACCCUCACAGGUUACCAACGAUGGAAUCACAACAAUGCAAAGACUGGGAAUCACCCAUAUCUAUGACCUGAGAUCGAACAACGAGAUCGAGCGAGCUCAAGUAGCAGGCCGAGGAGGAGUGGUGGAGUGGGAGGGAUGCGAGAGAGUAUUCGUCCCUGUUUUUACAGACAAGGAUUACAGCCCACAAAACCUGGCUGUGAGGUAUAAAGACUAUUCCACGAGUGGGACAGAGGGCUUCACAAGAGCUUAUUCUGAUAUCAUGAAUAAUGCUCCUCCUUCUUACAGAACUAUUUUAUUGCAUCUCGCAAAUGAGCCAGAGAAGCCUCUGAUUGUUCAUUGUACGGCAGGGAAAGAUAGGACUGGGGUGAUUUGUGCCAUAGUUUUAUCACUUUGUGGCGUGGAUGAUGAAGUUGUCGCUCGUGAAUAUUCUCUCACAGAAAUCGGGUUGACGAGGGAGUGGAAGGAAUCUGUUAUUGAGCAUUUGAUGGAUAAUCCUGCUCUUAAGGGGAACAUGGAGGGUGCUUGGAAUAUGAUUUCUGCCAAGGCUGCCAAUAUGUUGGCCACUCUAAAGAUGAUCAGAGCGAACUUUGGGUCUGCUGAGAAAUAUGUUAUCGAGAAGUGCGGCUUGACCAAGGAAGAGGUGGAGAAAAUACGGAAAAAUUUGAUUGUCGAGGAGCCUGCUGUGCAUAUGAAGCUUCAACAAAACUUAUAG